AAACAGAAAAGGAAACAAGAUUCAAAACAUUCUGUUGUGGUGUUUGGCGGUUUGCAACGAACUUUUGUGAAAUUUUAAAUUUAAUUUUUCGACCGGAAAAUGGACAGCUUCCAGCAAUCGGAGCGCAUCAAGGAGCUGCAGGACCAUGUGGUCACCCUGCGGCACGACAUGUCCGUUUGCUACAAGCGGAUGCUGAUGAAGGAGUGCCAAGUGAUUGCGAAUAAUCUGGCCGAAGCCAAAGUUAGCUUCCCGCGCCAGAACCUGGACCAGCUGCAGAACAUUCGGCCGGCCGAUCUGAGCCGUGCGACGCAAUCUAUCCGGACCAACCCACCGAUGCACGAAAUUCUCAACCAGGCCCGCCAGCUGCAACGCUUUCAGCAGAUGGACCGAAAGAAACACUAAACUGAAUGGUUUGUCAUGCUAAAUUUAUUGCUUUCAAUCGUUCUCCAAGCUCAAAAUGUUGUGCAACUCGUUGUAAAUCAUCUCCAGACAGUCGACGCGAGGAUUUAAGUGCUAGAAUUAGAUUUUCGAUUAAAUUGCGUGUCUUAUAGAAGUUCUUAUUCUUACAUUGAGCAGCGUCACGAUCGGUUGAUUCUUAAAUAAAUUUCCUUUGGUUAAAACUGACAAACUAAAGACUACCUUAAGCUAUAAUUAAAAAAUAUGUGUUAAUAUCUUAAAACAAAAAACUAAAAUAUCCAAACUCACAUUAUGAAAUACUUCGUUGAUGACAACAUCGUGAAUGUGUUUAAUUGGAAUCAGUACGUUUUUGGCUCCUCCACCGAUAAAAUGAGUAGAAUACUGCAGGGCAAAGUCUUUGACUAGAACUAAGUUUUCUGAAAUAAAAUUAAUAAUUGAAACACCGAA